AUGACGGCGGAGGUCUGCAGUGUUGGCAUCCAAACUCUGGCCUCCUCCCUAUUUCCAGUUAAACAACUUCUCCCCGGGGCAACCGAAACACUGCCGCACGGCUCCCUCUAUAGCCUGCCAACCAAGACGCUCAUGUGGUCGGAAGUCCAUAAGGACCCGAAGAGCUUUAACCUCGAGGGCAAGGAGCGUGGAGGCAAUGGGGCACUGGGAGAGCCCAUGCUGCAGAUCUCCGCAAUCAAAGAAUCGGCGCGUGUGUAUCUUUUGUCUUCACACAGGAGUGUUUUUGAGUUGCUGCUUUUCUUUGAUGAGCGAGAUUUCCACGAAGAGCCAUUGAAACACUUCUCAGUAAAAUUCCAGGAAUGUUAUUCUGCCCUUUUAAGGCAUCAGAAUGUUCACUUAGUUCAGGUUGAGCCUUUGCUUGGUGCGGGGGGCGCUUGGGCCAAUACAACCUUAAAGGAAAUCCUCAGCGAAUCCAAUUUACCUCAGAAUGAAGUGGACAGGUUCCUCAGCUCCGAGUUGCCAGUGUUCUUGGAGCUGCGGGUGCGCUACCUGAUAUCCUGCCAGCGCGUCAGUGAGGCUUUAGCCCUGGCAAAGUGUUGCGUUCGGCAUCCGUCGGCAGGGAAACACUUGUUCUUCCUCCAGGUCUACCUCACGUGGCUUUACAAGACGCAAUACAAUCAGCUGCUUCAAGAAGUUGCUGAUCUCAGCGGUAAAGACGCGGUGCACAUCAUCUGCAGUUUAGAGAAUGAGGAAACAAACGAACUGCUGUUAGCCCUCUGUCAGGUGUUCCUCUCCCAACAACUCUGCAGGGGUGACAUGUACUAUUUAUGGGAGCUUGUUUUUAUCUGGAGCAAACUUCAUCAUCGGCUGAAUACUUCCAAAGAGGCGUUUCUUGAGGAAAGCCGUCGCCUCAUGCUGUCUGCCACCAACGUCAACGCAGUCUUCCCGUUUGUCCGAGUUGUCAUCGAAGAGGGGUGA